GCCCCUUCCCGUCGGAGCCAAUCCCGACGCGCCGGCGACCGGCAUGGCGGCCCCCAGCGCUGAGGCGGCGGAGCGCGCAGGCCCGGCUUCAGGGUAGCUCGGCGGCCUCCGUGCGCGCGCCGGCGCCGGGCUCUCCCGGUCUGCGGUCCCGGGGCCUGUGCGCCGCGGGCGGGCUCUGAGGAGCAUGGAUCCCGCGGGCGCCUGGGACUCCGCGUCGCCCUGGGUCUCGCUGUGGACAAACAGGUUUUACGUGUACGUGGGCUUGGCCUGUGGCAUCAGCCUGUGGAUCUGCUUCCAGAUGGUCGUCAGGAGGCGGGACAAGAGCCCCCAGGAGAAAUCUGUUCCAAAAGCAAGCCGGGAUUUGGGGACAGAUGGUUCUAUCUCUCUUCAAAGGAAGGAGGUCUCCGUGCCCGGGGUGAAGAUUUUCUAUGGUUCCCAGACCGGAACCGCAAAGGGAUUUGCAGCAAGUCUUGCUGAAGCAGUUACCUCCCUAGAUCUGCCUGUGGCCGUCGUCGAUCUGAAAGACUAUGACCCAGAUGAUCAUCUCGUGGAGGAGGUUACUAGUAAAAACGUUUGUGCCUUCGUGGUUGCUACCUACACUGACGGUCGGCCCCCUGAAAGUGCAGAGUGGUUCUGCAAGUGGUUGGAGGAAGCAGCCAGUGAUUUUCGGUUUGGCAAAACUUACCUGAAGGGUAUGAGGUACGCUGUAUUUGGCCUGGGAAAUUCUGCCUAUGCGAGCCACUUCAACAAGGUUGGCAAGAACGUUGACAAGUGGCUCUGGACGCUUGGUGCCCACCGCGUGGUGGCAAGAGGGGAGGGGGACUGUGACGUGGCGAACAGCAAACACGGCAGCAUCGAGGCGGACUUCGGAGCCUGGAAGACCAAGUUCCUCGCGCGGCUGCACACGCUUGAGAAGGGAGAGAAGAAGCCCUGUGACGGCAGCUGCAAGAGCGGCCAGUGCGAGUCGGCCGCGGAGGAGGAGCCCUUUGAGAGCACCAGUGAGGACGAGUCCGGCGCCGAAGACCGUCCGAAUCCGAAUCCCGUCGUUGACGUUGAGGACCUCGGCAGGAUCGUGAGCUGCGCAAAGAGAGAAAAGAGAGAGAAGGAGCAGCAAGAGAAGAGCGGCUUGCUCCGGAGCUCGGGGCAGAACGGCCCCGGCGAACGAAGAGCGAUGAUAACCCCGGCUCUCCGGGAAGCCCUCGCUAGACAAGGGUAUCAGUUGAUUGGGAGCCACUCCGGGGUGAAGCUUUGUAGAUGGACAAAGUCGAUGCUCCGGGGGAGAGGAGGUUGCUAUAAACAUACGUUCUACGGCAUCGAGAGCCACCGUUGCAUGGAAACUACCCCAAGCUUGGCCUGUGCAAAUAAAUGUGUCUUCUGUUGGCGGCACCACACCAACCCAGUGGGCACCGAGUGGCGGUGGAAGAUGGACCAGCCUGAAGUGAUCCUAAAGGAAGCCAUUGAAAACCAUCAGAGCAUGAUUAAGCAGUUUAAAGGAGUACCGGGUGUCAAAGAAGAACGUUUUGAAGAAGGAAUGAUGAUAAAGCACUGUGCGUUGUCUCUGGUGGGAGAACCCAUCAUGUACCCGGAAAUCAACAGGUUUUUGACACUACUCCACGAGUGUAACAUCUCUAGUUUCCUGGUCACAAAUGCACAAUUCCCUGUGGAAAUCAGGAACCUCAAACCAGUUACCCAGCUGUAUGUCAGUGUGGAUGCUAGCACCAAAGAGAGCCUGAAGAAAAUCGACCGCCCACUCUUCAAGGAUUUCUGGCAGAGAUUCCUCGACAGCUUAAAAGCUUUGGCAGCAAAGCAACAGCGCACUGUGUACAGACUGACUCUAGUGAAAGCGUGGAAUGUGGGCGAGCUGCAGGCCUACGCCGAGCUGGUGUCGCUGGGGAAUCCCGACUUCAUCGAAGUGAAGGGUGUCACCUACUGCGGCAAGAGCUCAGCGAGCAGUCUCACCAUGGCCAACGUGCCCUGGCAUGAGGAGGUGGUGCACUUUGUCCAGGACUUGGUGGAUCUGAUCCCCGACUACGAAAUCGCUUGUGAGCACGAGCAUUCCAACUGCCUCCUUAUCGCUCACAAACGGUUUAAGGUCGGCGGCGAGUGGCGGACGUGGAUCGACUACGACCGCUUCCAGGAGCUGGCGCGGGAGCACGAGCGCAGCGGGGGCUCGGCCGCCUUCGGCGCGCGGGACUACACGGCCAGAACCCCGCGCUGGGCCCUGUUUGGUGCCCGCGGAAGAGGCUUUGAUCCCAAGGACACGCGGUACCAGAGAAAGAGCAAGUCAAAGGACAUUUCCGGAUGUUGAGACUGUCUGGCUGUGGGGCGC